AUCUGGAAUCAGCUAUCUAGGUGUUGUGCAAUAUUUGCAGCACAAGAACGCAAUUGGUUAAGCCAACCAGGCAAACAUUUAACGAUACGCACCGCGGAGUAUCGUAGCAUUACAGUUAUUUGUCACGCUUGCAAAGCACACUAACUUGAAGGAAAUAUGACUGAGACGCGGGGAUAGAGAGAAUAAAACAGAGAGUGGGCGUCGCAUUAUAAAAAAGUUAUGCGCAUUGUGGUCUUGAUUCACAAUCAUCGCUCUCUGAGGUUGAGAGCGCGCACGUGUGCGCGUGUGCGCGUAGUUAGUUCCUGCUCAAGUGUGUCGAGUGCAGAAACGGCAGAAAUUGAAUCUAAACCAUGCGAAGAGCUUACUGACCGAUACAUGCAGAGGCAGUGGGGUGGUCACACCUGUCCGCCAGGAUGAGAAUAAAAAAAAUUAAGUGCUUCCUGUUGUGCAUACUGGGGCUUUGUGUCAUUUCCUUCCAACAUUACUACAAAGCUUUGCACAAUAUUCCACUGCUGCAAGAGUUUUCCUCCCCAUCCUCACACCUAAAGAGCCUAAAGAUGGUCAGCAGUUUCUUCUGGAACGUGCCGGAUAUUGACUUCUACAAGCACCACUUAAAGGGCUUUCUUGAAUCUAGCGUGAUCCAAUCAGAUUCCAUUUUUUCAACGGAAAAACUUCACGAACAAAGAUUUGUUCUCCAAGACGAUCACACACCCUUUUUCGUCCGCACAAAAUCCGGAGCAACGUGUUUCCGCGAGGGGACUAAAAUGGCUGAAUCUGCAUCGCAGCGCGUCUUACUUCAUCAUCACGAAGAGGACAACGUCACAGUCAAGACGAGGAGGAACGCGGAUCAAUGCACUUGUCGCCAAGGCUGGCACGGCCCUCACUGCGGCGUACCUACAAUCGUCCAACAUUCAAACCUCCCAACCAAGACGAAAUUAACACCCAGAGCAACUCCACGUCGAGUCAUCAACGCCAUCAACAUCAACCAUGAGUUUGACCUGCUACACGCUCGAUUCCACGAACUCGCUGACGUCGUGGACGUGUUUUUAGUUUGCGAAUCCAAUUUUACCGCUUAUGGUGACCAGAGGCCUCUUUACUUCCAGCAGCAGCUCCAAAACGGAACGUUUGAUUAUAUUAAGCACAAAAUCCUUUACAUUUUCCUGGACCAUUUUCCAAGUGGCGGCCGCCUGGACGGCUGGAUCGCAGAUGAUUACCUGCGCACGUAUUUGACCAAAAACGGAAUGUUGCGUAUUCAGGGCGCAAAAGUAGACGAUGUUUUCGUCAUAGAUGACGCGGAUGAAAUUCCCGCACGAGAGGGAAUCCUGUUCCUCAAACUGUACGACGGCUGGACAGAGCCGGUCGGGAUCCACAUGCGGAAAUCGCUCUAUGGAUUUUACCGGAAACAGUUUGGUACGCUGAACAUCUUAUCGUGCUGCACGGUGGCCAUGCUCACUAAGGUUUACAGGAACGAUGGGAUUCUUCUUCGACGCCGGACGUAUUAUACGAUGCCGGGAUUUCGGGAAUAUGAGAAUUCCACUGGAAACAUUCUUAUGCCGUGGGCCAUCGGGAGCCCAGUUCAUUAUGCUGGAUGGCACUGUUCGUGGUGCUUCAAACCAGAAGGGAUUUAUUACAAACUUGUAUCAGCCCAGAACGGAGACUUUCCACGCUGGGGUGAUUACGGCGAGAAACUCCAGUUAAAUUUUAUUAAAAAGUUGAUACAGACAGGCGGUUGGUUUGAUGGGUCAUUACCAGACUAUCCACCUACAGAUCCCAAAGAGCAUAUGUAUGCACCAAAACACUUGAUGGACAACUAUGAAAAAUAUCGUCACUUGUUGGAGAACCCAUUUGUAAAACUGGAUAACUGAUAACUUCACUUAGUGUAAGACUUUCUUAUUUUUUUUACACUAAAGUGUAAUCACUGUGGCACUAUCAAAACAUUGCUCUCCAGACAACAUUGCUGUAACCAAUGCAACGAUGUGCACUAUAGGGAAACAUGUACCAUGUCAAUACUUUAAAGAUAUAGUUCACCCAAACAUGAAAAUUCUGUCAUCAUUUACUCUUGUCAUUUCAAACCUGUAUGACUUUCUUCCGCAAAACACAAAAUAUUUUCAAGAAAGUUGGUAACUGAACGGAACACCCAUUUACUUCUAUUGUAUGGACACAACACCAAUGCAAGUGAAUGGGUGCCGGUUAACAACAUUCUUUAAAAUAUCUUCUUCUGUGUUCUGGGGAAGAAAGAAAGUCAUACAGGUUUGAAAUGACAAGAGGGUGAGUUAAUGAUUUUUCAUCACUUUAAUGCCUUAGUGAUGCUUGCUGUGGCGUUUAUAUUUCUAACUGAGGCAAACAGAGCUCAUUAGGGUUUCCUCAUACAGUGCAUAUACUUACACGAUAUGUGCAUUAUCUCUGUGAGAAAACAUUUGCUGAGGAAUUGUUAAAGGAAACAGAUAAGACUAAACAUUCUAGGUAUAACGGACUAAAAAUAAUUGUGCAUACGUUGCUACUUGAGUCAAAGAUGCUGAGGUUUUUACUAGGAUGAGAGACUGUGAACAAGACAAAUGUGUUCUUCAGGGUUUUAUCCAGUGCUCGAAUUGAAUCAAGUCUUUUGGGGGGUCCCCUCCAUAAGACUUUUUUUUGGUGGGGGUGGGGGUUAGUCUCGCAAUAUACAAUUUAUACAAAAUACACAAUAUAUUUGAUCAUGAUAUGCAUAACUAUAUACUAUUUAUUAAAAACAGGCUUACAUAAAAGAACAGGCUUCUUUUACUGUAUUUUGGAUCAAAUCAAUGCAGGCUUGGUGAACAGAAAGGACUUUUGAACAGUAGUGUACGUCCAAGUAGACGAGUGCGAAGACUGCGAGUGGAGGUUUAUUAUUCUCCAUUACGCUCCACCGGAGCGACGCCAAUCAAGCAGUCAUGUCAACGAUGUCCUGCGCUUAGCGGUCUUUAGACGUGGGGCGGGGCGUUUAAAAUUUAAAGAGACAUGAGAACUAGCCCAUAAACAAACUUAAUAUAAAUUAUUGUAAAUAUUUAAUUCACAAAAAUGACCAUAUCCAUUGCAUGAAUUUAAUCACAUUUGUCAUUAUAAUUUUUUACUCAAAUAAAAAUAUCUGAGGAACCCCCUAAGUCUAUUUUUUACUUCUUAUGGGGAGUCCCUAAUGCCUUACGGGGGUCCCGGAACCCCCAGCCCCCUUCAAUUCGAGCACUGGUUUUAUCAUUCAUCUGUUUAAUGGUUUAAAUUUUAACAACAAAGAAACGGCAGCAGUAAUUGUAUGUUCACAUUCCACUGAACACAAGAUCAUCCUGAUAGCUCGCUUUUUAUGGUCUCAAAGUUCAUUCACUGUAGAGUCAUCAUAACUGAUGCUUUAAACCAGUGGUUCCCAACCUUUUUUCCUUGGGGCCCCCACGUACAUAUAUGACAAUCGGAGCCCCCCAACCCUCAUAUAUGUGUGUGUGUGUAUACACACAUAAUUGCUUCUCAAACACACAUAUAUAGAUAGUAAAUAUAAAUAAAUUAAAUGAAAUAAUUGAAUAAUAAAUUAAAUUAAAUGGUUAAAUAUGAGUAAUAUAAAAGAUUUUAAUGACAUUUUUACUUGAAUACUCAAAUAAAUUUUCAGUUUAUUUCAGUCUAUUUUCAGGUUAUUGUAUAAACAUACAGAGUAUACUGAACGUUAUGAAAGAACUGUUAAACAUUAACAUUGCUGUACUUGCAUGAAGAGAUGUAGGCUACUGUCAAUUACUGCUUAUUUUUACAAGGUGUCUUUUCAUUUUGCUUGGUUUCAUGCUGUCGUUUACCAAUUUUUCACCACAGAACACACAUUCUGGCCGAGACUUGUCUUGUCCUUCAAUUAAACCUAAAUUUACGUAGGUUUUGUCAUAGCGUCUAAACUUUUUCCUUUAUUUCUGACGAAGAAUCACCGCAGUUACGUUUCUCUGCUAUUUUUCCUUUCGAUUUCUAUGUUAACACGAACGUUGACGCCUGACAGAGGACAUGUGAGUCUCAUAGCGAGAACAGCCAAUGACAGUGCUUCCGGCUACCGCAAAUCCCCGUGUGAAUGUCUGCCGAUGGAGCCGGAAAAAUUGAAAUAAUUAUUUUAUACAAGAUAUAACUAUUUUUGACUGCAUUAUCUUGGCAUUAUAAGCACGUGAUUUUUUUAAAACAUACAAAAAUAUUUUUAUUUAAAAUGAUUAGUGGAACAUUUAUGCAGCUUUAUUUAACCUCAAAGCAUGUCAGGUCCCGCGCCCCUCAUGUGAACUCUGGCGCCCCCCUAAGGGGGUCGCGGACCCCAGGUUGGGAACCACUGCUUUAAACCGUAGGUGCAAGUAUCUGUGGCUGAUGGGACGUAGUACAUUUUUAAGUGAAAUAAAAAAGUCUGGAUCAGUUUGAAGAAUUUAACAUUGAUUUUUAACAUGUAUAUAGGUUACAUUUAUUAUUUUUUUAUCCAAAGAAUCUUAAAAUUGAGAGAGAGUAGUGAACAAUAAGUGUAGUCAACAAUUUAAUGUUAGUCGAUUACACUGGCUAAUCUUGGAAACACAUUCAUAACCUGCAUAACAAAAGCCAUAAAAUAAGGUUUGACGGGCGGAUGUGUCAAGUGUUGUGAUGUUUGCAAAUGUUCAAUGUAGGGUGGGUCUUUUGUAUUCAUUGGCAAUUGACUGAUUUGUGAAAUGUGUAGCGUGGACGGGAGGAACUGUGAUGCCAGUUGAAAAGAUAAUAGGCAGUUAUUUUAUUUAGAUAAAAGAUUAAGAUGGCAAAACCUUUUCGUAAGAAUACCAUUGAAUCAUGCACAAACGACCAGGAAUGUGUAUGAAAAAGGUAAACAGGUUUGGUUUGGAUUUUAUUUUUAAAUUACAAGGCCCACUCCAUUCAUUUGGGAUGGAUGAUGGACAUGCACUCUCAACAGUGAACAGAAUAUUCACUCAAACCUUUAUUGUGAUCUGCUCUACUGUUGUGGGAUAAAACCACACUGAAAAAAUGAUUAUGUGCCUUAGUAGAUUUUAUGAAAAGAAAUGAUUAAAAUAUCCUUAUGUAAUAUAAUAUACUUCAUAUAAUUAUGUUUCUGUUUUUAACAAAAAAUCGAGUUAAAAUAACGUCAAAAAUCUUGGGACUAAAAUCGACUAAUUUUGGUUGUUUAGAUUUUAAUUAUUUUGUUUGAGUAAUUUUAAUUGAACAAAUUAUUAAGUAAAUCCAACUCAAUUUUAUUAUGUUAAACCAAUUUAAAUUGGUCAAAUUAAGUUUACUUAUUUAUUUUGUGUUGAGACUACAUACAUCAUUUUUGUAGAUAUACUGUAACUACCUUGGCAGUUGAUCUGUAGUUCCCAGCACGCUUUGUAUCUGACUGCAUUAGAAGAUUAAUCUUCCAGAUUACCUGUCAUUUUAAUUUUUUUUCAGUAAAAAGAAAGACUUGUU